UUAGGCCCGUAUAAUGUCAGUCAUGUCGGUCGAAGGUUAUCCUCUUCGAACGACAGUGCAUUAUCGACAGGAUGCUUUUGGAUGUCACUGUUAUGAAAAAAUAAACGAGAUGCGUCAACUAAACCAGCUAAGCGAUGUUACUAUCACAGCAGACGACGGAAUGGAAUUUACUGCUCACCGUUUGGUCCUGGCCGCUUCUAGCGCUUACUUCAGAGCCAUGUUUACAAGCGAUAUGAUGGAGAGUCGUGCGGAUAGUGUGAGGAUACAAGGAAUUGAUUCUAAGACAAUGGGAGAUCUUAUUGAGUUUUCAUACUCUGGGAGCAUUGCAAUUACAGUAGACAAUGUCCAAUUAUUGCUGUUUGGUGCAAGCAUGUUGCAGUUGGAACCCGUCUGUGAUGCCUGUGCUGAAUUUCUGAUGUCUCUCCUAACUCCCAGCAACUGUUUGGGAAUAAAACGUCUUGCAUACACUUUGGGAUGCACAGAUCUACGUCAGGCAGCAGACAAGUAUUUAUGCAAGAAUUUCAAUGAAGUAUCCCAGUCGGAUGAGUUCUUACAGAUUGACAAGGCAAGUCUGGUGGACAUGCUCAGUCGGGAAGACUUGCAAGUUAGAUCAGAAGAACAAGUGUUUGAAGCUGCCAUUCGUUGGGUGCGUGCUGAUGUGACGGACAGGUCGUGUUUUCUCUCCGAAGUUCUAAGCCAAGUUCGACUACCUUUACUUUCUCCUCAUUUUCUCAAAGACUCUGUGGCUUCUGAUCCACUCAUUCAUGAUGAUCUGAGGUGUCGUGAUCUUGUUGACGAAGCAAAAGAUUAUCACUUACUUCCAGAUCGCAGAUCACAAAUGCAGACUCCACGGACUGUUCCUAGGCGUUGCAGCAAUGAGAAUGGAGUUAUUUAUGCUGUCGGUGGUCUUAGUUCAUCUGGAGACUCUCUCAAUUCAGUAGAAAUAUUUUGUCCGUUUGAACAACAAUGGUCUUCUGGCGUAACCAUGAACACACUACGGAGUCGUGUUGGAGUGACUGUCUUUGACUACAAACUUUAUGCAAUUGGAGGAUAUGAUGGAGGCCAGCGGUUAAACAGCAUGGAAUGCUAUGACCCAAGCAUUAAGAAGUGGACAUCAUUAACUUCCAUGCACACCCGAAGGAGUGCAGUUGGAUGUGCAGCAAUGGAUGGAAAGAUCUACGUUGUAGGAGGUUAUGAUGGCACAUCGUCACUCAGCAGUAUAGAAGUGUAUGACAUCAAGACUAAUCGAUGGCGAUUUCUAGCUGCAAUGAGCACAUCACGAAGCGCUGCCGGACUUUGUGUGUAUCAAGGUCAACUUCAAGUGCUGGGUGGUCAUGAUGGCCUUUCAAUCUUUAAUAGUGUUGAACAAUAUUCAAUCAUAAAGAAUCAGUGGAGUCCUGCUACACCAAUGCUAGCAAGACGUUGCCGGUUAGGAGUAGCCGUGUUGAAUGGCAAAAUGUAUGCAGUAGGAGGCUAUGAUGGCUCUUCAUUUCUAAGCUCUGUUGAGGUGUUUGAUGCAUCUGUACACCAUUGGACUUCAGUGUCGUGUAUGACGACAAGUCGUAGUCGUGUUGGUGUCGCUGUUGUUGGGACCAAGAUCUAUGCAGUUGGUGGUUACAAUGGAUUAUCAAAUCUGAAUACCGUGGAACAGUAUGAUACUGAACAUGAUGAGUGGCAUUUGGUAACACCUAUGAGUAUACAUCAAGGUGGUGUUGGCGUUGGAGUAUUACCCCGAAUGCCAUAGAUGGAUGAUCACAUUAAAAUAAAAUUCAACAAAAUAUUGUGUACAUUAAUUAAGAAAAUGAUGACCUCUAAAUGAAUCGGCCCAUUUAACUUAGCAAUUUGUUUGUUUGUUUAGUUCGUACAGAUAUUGUAAUAGAUAUCUUGCCGACGAGUAGCUGCAUUCCAUAUAUAUCAUCAUCUAAUUGAAGCAUAUUCAAUGUC